AUGGGACCACCAGAGGUCAAGUAUGGAAUGGGGAUCAUCCUCUGCCUACUUGGCUGCCAAAUGAUCCUAGCUCGCGUGAUUUUGCUGCAGCCGCUUCUGACGUGCGGCAUGAUGCUCGCUAUCAUCGUGUUUUUCGUCGUCAUGUCUGCGGUGAUGCGGCCGAAGGCGGAGGACGGCGACAAAGGCAGCAGUCCAAGUGGUAGUGAGAAGGCGCUUGAUACAAAUGAUCCAAAUAGAUCCAUUACGUUUUAG